ACGUGUAGUUUGUGCACGUGACCAAGAAAUCAAACAAACGAAGAACGUGGCAACGUCGCUUUUCAGUCCGCAUUCGCAAAUCACAGUCGUUGAACCAAAACAUCGCAUCGCGGAAGAAACCGCAGAAACAAGUCUUCGACCACCAAAUUGGAUGUGUUGACCACGGAACAUAUCUGAUCGGUGGUGUUGGUUCCGUAACGCGUAGGCCAUGUAUUUCUUUAUUCACCAACGUGCGGCCACCGAAGAACAACCAGAAAACGACGGGAAUUUUUCAAAAAAAUUAUGUACGGAUACCUGUCUCAACCGUAUUGCAGAUGGUGUUUUGCAGUGCAAGUGCGGGGAAGGUGUGAACCGCUUCGAAUGGAAGUUUAAAAAGGAUGAGGAAGACUCUCUGGAUAUUGUGCUAACGAACGAUGAUCGCGAUGUUAUGUUCCAUCCGACUUAUAGCCAAGGCACGGCCCUUUUACGAGGCGACAGACCGUUCGAGAAAAACAAACAUUAUUAUUGGGAGGUGAAGAUGACUUCCAAUCUUUAUGGCACUGAUGUAAUGGUUGGUAUUGGUACAGGGAAAAUGCAGGCAUCUGACUGGAGAUUCAGAUUCUGUAGCAUACUUGGUUUGGAUGGUGAAUCAUGGGGCUACUCAUACAAUGGCUGCAUCCAGCAUAACCAGUUGGGCAGAAAGUAUGGAAGGAAAUUUGGGAUAGGGUCUCUUGUAGGAGUUCAUUUAGACAUGUGGCGAGGAACCCUGGAGUAUUAUGUCAACAGACGUCCACAAGGCAUCGCUUUUAACAACGUUAAAAGACCCAAAGUAUACCCAAUGUUGAGUUCAACAGCAGCAAAAUCAGCCUUGAGGGUGACUUGUGCCACAUCAAUGGAAACUAGUCUGCAACUGUAUUGUUUAAAAGUUGUAAUGAAGUCUCCACAAAUUUACAAAAUCUACAGAGAAGAAUUACCCCAAAUUGCUCGAAUCUACGAUCAGAAAUACUUCUGGCUGCGACCGUCAGCAGAAGUUAUGUUGCAACUAAUGAUAAGCCAAAAAAAACGCGAAAGAAAAAAUAGUUGUCAAGAUUCAAGCAAUGAUGAAAAAUCGACAUGCGAAUUGCUUUAUGGUGACUUAGAUAAGGAAACCUCCACAGAGAAUACAGACAGAAUGAAGAAGAUUAAAAGAGAUAUUGAUUCAACAGAUGAAUGUAUUUUUGCGAUUAUCUAGUAUUAAGUAUAUUAUUUAUAAUGUAUGUUAAGUUUUAUUAUAUUGAAAGUGAGAAUAUAACCAAUUGUUUUUUUAAAA